CUGGUUUACCUCUCUGGCUUUGGACAAAUCUUGCCUCCAUCAGUAUCAGCAGAUACUAAUUCCAAACUGGCCUUAAUGCUAAUUGUCAUUCUCUUUUACAUAUACCUAAAUAUAAGGGCUUAAUUGUAAAGCUAGUUAGUGAAGGUAACAGUAGCGAAAUACUUUGAACCUGAGAGGCAAAACUCGGGGCAUAUUAAUUUAAUUUCCAAGCGUACGCCGCAAGGCAUCCUGGGAAAACAGGCUGUUGUAAACAUGGCGGCCGCAGUGGGUAGACUUCUGUCCUUCAGUAAAAAUGCUAAGGGGCUUGUUUCGCCUUUGAGGCUGUCUGUUGUACCUGUUCACCGUUACAGCUUAGAGAUUUCCGCUAUCGGGGAGCCUGUUACUCACACCGGUCAGGUGUUUGACGAAAAUGAUCCUAGAAGAGCCAGAUUCGUUGGCAGACAGAAAGAGGUGAACAAGAACUUUGCCAUCAAAUUGGUGGCAGAGGAGCCAGUGACUGAGACUGAGGCCAGAGUGGUGUCCUGUGAUGGAGGUGGAGGAGCCUUGGGCCACCCCAAAGUCUACAUCAACCUGGAUAAAGACACAAAAGUGGGAACGUGUGGCUACUGCGGAUUACAAUUCAAGCAGAAGCAUCAUCACUGAAACAUUUCCUCUGUCUUUGCUUCUCUGUAUAAAUUGCCAUAUUGGUUAAUAAAUUAUAUCUUGUC